AUGCCAGAGAAGACAGUUUUGAUCACAGGUUGCAGCAAGGGUGGGCUUGGAGCGGCAAUGGCAAAGGCUUAUCACGCCAGAGGCUUCAGGGUCUUCGCGACACUGCGUGACAGUGCCAAGGCCGGAUAUCUGGAGGAAAUACAGGGCAUAGAGAUUCUCGAACUCGAAGUCACGUCGGAAGAAUCCAUUCGGCAAUGUGCGAAAGCCGUUGAGAAACUCACGGGAGGAUCGCUGGAUAUUCUGGUCAAUAACGCUGGCUACUACAACACCAUGCCGCUUUUAGACACUUCGGUCGAGGACGCUAAGAAGACGUACGACACCAAUGUUUGGGCAAUACUUGCAAUGACGCAGGCAUUUGCGCCGAUGCUUAUCAAAGCCAAAGGAACUCUCUGCAACAUCAGUUCAGUUUCUUGCGAAUUGGUCUUCGCUUGGCAGGGCACAUACAGCAGCUCCAAGGCUGCCAUGACACGGCUUUCCGAGACGUUACGCCUUGAGAUGGCGCCCCUCGGUGUGCGAGUCGUCACAGUCAUACUCGGAGGCGUUGGAACAACCGGAAACAACCCCGACAAUAGAAAGGACCUCGAGCUGCCCGCAAAUUCAUACUACCAGAAGAUAGCCGCUAUCAUAAAUCGCCACCAGAAGGGACUGGUGCACGCCGCCAAGACACAAAAUCAGGAUGUGGCAGCGAAGAACAUAGUCAACGACGUUCUCAGCGGUCGUGCUGGCUUGAUUCGGCGAGGGGAGGCUUCUACGCUCAGUUGGAUCUUGAACACGUUCAUGUCCUACGGACUCGCCACAUCUUUGGCGAACGGAGAGUCAGGUCUUGCUGAGCUUAGCGGUAAGUAGGUGGUACAUCUGAUACAGAUGUUUGUACAUACUAGCUUAUAAUGCACCGUAUUGAGUUAAGAAGAAAUGGGGGAGGAGUUGUAGCUUGAGAGUGUUUUCGUGGUCGUACGCACAUAGAUAGCUCACGUUCAAAUAAACUGC